AUCACUAAAUAGCUCGCUCAGCUGUUUCCAUUUGUCAGUUAUUGACAGCUGUAAUUUAAUAAGAAGAAACAUUUAAAUGUCCUGUUUGCAUUCUGCGCCAAAAUUGUCGCUUUUCCGUUAAAAAUCAUAUGAUUUGUACUUAACUGACUUUGAAAGAGUUUAUUUUCGAAAAAUUUGUGUGUUUUUACAAUGAUGACACGAAGGGGUGAUGCGCGCCGGUCAACUCCACAGUUCACUCCCACAAAACAUAAGGCGAAGACUCUAAAACAAGAACAGAUGUGUCGGUCUCCAAAAUUCGUCAAUUUGCCAGCAAAACCUGUAUACUCUAUGACCUCCCGCGAUUUUCAAAUGGAUACCAAUGCCCACGUAGAAGUGAUUGGUGAGCAAUUGAAGGACUUUUGCUGCAUCAAUUUCUACCAGGCGGCGAUAAUACAAAAUAAACAUCUGUUUCGAGGACGGACGGUAUUGGACAUAGGUUGCGGCGCUGGCAUUCUCUCACUGUUCGCCGCUAAGGCUGGUGCUGCUCAUGUUUAUGCUGUAGAUUCCUCAAAUGUUUUAGACUACACCGAACAAAUUGUGCGUGACAAUGGCUAUGCCGGUGUGAUACACGUAAUUAAGGGAUCUUUGGCGAAUAUAGAAUUGCCAGUUGCGGAGGUCGAUAUUAUUAUCUGCAAUUGGUUAGGCUAUUCCAUGUUGUUUCAGGCGGCUUGCGACAUGGUAAUUUAUGCCCGUGACAAAUGGCUGAAGAAGGAGAAUGGCAUAAUUUUGCCGGAUGUAGCAAAAUUAUUUAUGGCUGCUGUGGAGGAAAAUAAAAUUAAAAAUGAGCGGGUGGAAUGGUGGAACGAUGUAUAUGGCGUAAAUAUGAAGUGCAUGCGUGAGUGUGCAUUGUCCGAACCGAGUUUUCAGUUGGUGCAGCCACAGCAAUUGUUGAGUACACAAUUUGGCAUUAAGUACCUGAACAUGUACACAGCUACAAGGAAGGAUUUAAAUUUCCGUUGUAAAUAUAUGUUGGAAAUGCGACGCAGCGGUUACAUGGAUGGCAUCGUUACAUAUUUUCAUGUAUUCUUUACAAAGUCGCAUACGCCAAUGGGUUUUAGUACGGACCCUUGUGCAAUGCGUACGCACUGGAUGCAAACUGUAUUUUUCUUAGAUAAAUCUGUGCACGUAACUUCUGGUGAACUCUAUUAUGGCGGCAUUGAAAUGUGUUCUGUAAGUCGCGACUUUGAUCUCAACAAUAUGGAGUUAGGCUUUGAAAUGUUCAGUGGAGAUCCAGCUCAGUUACAACUAGAGGCAGAAAUGCGUUGGAAACUCAAACCACAUGCAGCAAUUGCCAAUGACAAAAUUAAAGCAAAUGAGAAGGAACAUGAAUUAGAAAACAAAGGGCAGGAGCAGCACCUGGAAAAAGUGAUCACGAUAAAGAAAAAUCCUGUUUCACCGAAAAUAUCAAUUAAAGUUGAGGAGGAAAAGAAAUCUGCUCGUUCACCUGUUUCACCUACUUCGGUUGUAUUAGGAGAUUACGUGUAUCCAUGCGUGGCGGGAAAGAAAGGCAAAAAAACAAAACAUUCCAAGAAAGGUUAAACAACUAACCCAAAUAUAGCUUAAACUUCGUUAGUGGGUUGGAACUGUUAUAAAUUUUAAGCAGUUUAAUGUAUUAAUUGUACCUUUAAUUAGUUUGCAUAUGUAUAAAUACAUCACAAUCUGUGCACAGAGUGCGGAUAUAUGAGGUCGAAAGGCAAUAUCGAUACCAAUAUAACACAAACUAUAUUUAAGUUAUUGGCUAUCAGAAAACGAUUGAAUUUUUACUCUUAAAUUAUACUGAUUAUUUGUUACAAUAUUAUAUUUUGCUUAAAAAAAAAAAAAAAUCUAAAUCAUUCAUUAAAAAUCACUUCUGUUGUAUUUAGUUGUGUUUUUAAAAGCGACAACUUUUAA